AUGCAACGAGAUAGGGAGACUCUUUAUGAGUACUGGGAGAGAUUUAAGAAGCUGUUGGAAGCUUGCCCCCACCACCGUAUUGAAGAGUUGGUCCUUAUUAACUAUUUUUGUCAAGGGAUGAACCCCCAAGAUAAGCUUCUCCUAGAUGCCUCUAGUGGAGGAUCCCUCACCAAAAACAAGACCGCCGAGGAAGGUUGGGAAAUCAUAGCGGACUUGGUAGACUCCACUCAACGCUCAAGGGCAAGAAACCCACAACCAAAAGCUUUAAGUGAAGUUUCUCCUUCCGGAGAUGCCGUUUUGACAAAGACCCUCGGUGAGAUGACAAUUUUGUUGAGACAAAUCACCCAAGGGCAACAACUUCCCCAAGCCUUGAUAUCUUCUCCACCUCAACCUCCAAGAAUUGAAGGACCACCAAGAUCAUGUGGUAUUUGUGCUUGUAACAACCAUUACACUGAUAAGUGCCCUCAACUCCAAGAGGACACUACAUUAGCGGUAGCCAAUUCAUACCCACAAAGACCCAACUACAAUCAACAUGGAAAUCAAAACCAAGGGUGGAGGGAUAAUUCUAAUCAAAGGUGGAACCAAGCCCCACAAGCUCAACCUUACCUAAGCCAACAAGCCUACUAUCAUCAAGCUCCUCAAGGGAGAAUCAAUGCUAUCACCCUUAGGAGCGGCACUAAGUUGGAUGAAAUUGGUGUUGUGCCUACAAGUUCGAGUGAGGAAACCCACAAGGAAAAGGUGGGAGAUGAUAUGGGAGUGAUGAAGGAUGAAGAGGAAGAUGUUGAGAAGGAUGAGGAGGGACCGCUCAAGGCCAAGGAGCCAAAGAGAAAAAAUUCGAUUGAAGAGCCUAUGCCCAUUCCAUUCCCAACUUUGGCCAAGAAGGCCAAGAAGCAAAAACAACUUGACCCCAACAUGGUAGAAAUUUUCAAGAAUGUUGAAGUCACCGUCCCUCUAUUUCAAGCCAUUCAACAUGUUCCCAAAUAUGCCAAGUUCCUCAAAGAUCUUUGUACCCACAAGGAGAAAAUUGGCGAACUCAACAAAAGGCCGGUAGAUGAUUCUAUCUCUUCUCUAAUUCCUGAAAAAUGCAAUGAUCCCGGCCCAUGUUUGGUUACUUGA